CGAACUGUAUAAGUGUAUAUGUAUGUACAUCAUGCCUUAAUGGAACAUGCAUGAUACGCCAGCUGAUAGAUAGAUUAGAAAGAAGCAUCGAUGUGUGCGAGUGCUAGAAAUCAAGAACCGCUUUUUAGUUCAAGUGAAAAAAUUGGUUAUCAUAGCUGAACUUUGCCGAUAGUGAAGUUCACGCAGAAGAAGAAAAUUUAGGCUUCUACGUUGUAUGUUCAAUCGAUUCUACGCUGGGAAAAUAAAAAUUCUCCAUGAAAGUCGUCUCAGUCUUCGCGUCUGCCUUACAUCCAAAGUGCAAGGAUCUAUCGACAGAUGUUUGUCGAUGGACUAUACAUUUGUAUAGAGCAUUACUGCAGGCUGGAUAUUCGCACCCAGACUCGCUGCAGCGAACAUAAGUAUCGACUCCACGCGCGGCAUCUUCGGGAAAAAAGAACCUGCGCUCGCGGAUCGAAUUAUUCUUACCUAAGAGUAUAGUCGACGACAUCAAGAGACAGAGAGAGAGAGAGAGAGAGAGAGGGACACGUGACGAGGUUCUAUAACACUCGCAAGUAUAGAAGCUACUCUAGUAGAGUCUAGAGUCUAGACUCGCAGCGCGCUGUGUUGUUAAAUGUGAGCUCGGCUCUCCGGACGAAGAGCGUGCUGUGCUGCUGCGAGAAGCUAGAAAGAGAUCGGGGAUCUUUGGAGCGAGAGACGCGAGGCUGGAUCCGGACGACAGCAUGGCUGGGAUCUUCGACAUCGAGCUGCACGACGGCGAGACGACUAAUCAGGACGAGUCCGACGACGAUGUCAUCGAGAGCAACGUGGGCGACUACGACACCGCGCCGAGCGUCGACUCCAUGCUAGAGUCUGAGAAUGUCGAGCGAGUUCAGCUAUCAGAGCAGAAUGUCAAUCCUGGACAGGAGAAGACUGGUCCGCAGGACUUUGAACUCUGCAAGAUUCUGGGAGAGGGUGGCUACGGGAAGGUCUUUCAGGUUCGAAAGAUCACUGGGAAAGACAAGGGCAGCAUUUUUGCUAUGAAGGUAUUGAGAAAGGCAUCGAUAAUAAGAAAUCAAAAAGACACAGCCCAUACCAAAGCAGAGAGAAAUAUUUUAGAAGCUGUUAAGCAUCCAUUCAUCGUGAACUUGAUGUAUGCCUUUCAAACUGGUGGUAAAUUAUACCUCAUUUUGGAGUAUCUCUGUGGAGGGGAACUUUUCACUUAUUUAGAUAGAGAAGGCAUUUUCUUAGAAGAUACAGCAUGCUUCUACUUAUCAGAAAUUAUACUCGCCCUUCAACAUUUGCACAAUCAAGGAAUUAUAUAUAGGGAUUUGAAACCAGAAAAUAUACUAUUAGAUGGUGAAGGUCAUGUAAAAUUAACUGAUUUUGGCCUUUGCAAAGAGCACAUACAGGAUGGCACAGUAACACAUACAUUUUGCGGCACUAUUGAAUACAUGGCACCUGAAAUCUUAACACGAAGUGGACAUGGCAAAGCUGUAGAUUGGUGGAGUCUUGGAGCAUUAAUGUUUGAUAUGCUCACUGGUGUGCCUCCAUUCACUGGGUCAGAUCGAAGAAAAACUAUUGAGAAGAUCUUAAGAGGAAAACUCAACUUGCCACAGUAUCUUACAGCAGAUGCUAGAGAUUUAAUUCGUAAACUGUUAAAGAGACAAGUAGCACAAAGAUUAGGGUCUAGCCCAGACGAUGCAGAACAAAUAAUAAAACAUGAUUUCUUUAAUCAUAUUAACUGGCAGGAUGUCAUUUCAAGAAAACUGGUACCUCCAUUUAAACCCUCAUUGAAAAGUGCUGAUGACACAUCACAAUUUGAUGAGCAAUUCACCGCGACAGUGCCUGUUGAUUCACCAGUUGAAAGUAUGCUGAGCGAAUCUGCAAAUAUGAUAUUUCAAGGUUUUACGUAUGUAGCCCCCAGUGUAUUAGAAGAAAUGUACAACCAACCACGUGUGGUGACUCCCAGAAGUGAGCAAAGGCUUAGUAGCAGUCACCACAGGCGUAAUCACGGUUUUACGCCUAGGACGCCAGACGCGAACUUGCGAUCGCUGUCACACUUCCACCAUCAUAGGCUUACAGUUCCUGGUCACCACAGCGCCGAUGACACUGAGAUGAUGGAAGUUGGUCCGAUGCCUGGCCAUACAAAGAUUUCAAAAAAGCCACUUCCGACUGCUCUUCAUCUUCAGAAACCAUUUGGUCUUGAUGUUGUGGUACACUUAGAUGUUGCUGAGCAUUUAAAGCAGACCUGAAGAAUACAAAUAAAAGUUGCAAUUUUUAAAACUUUUUAUAGUUAAGUAAUAAAUUAAUGAUUUUCAAAAA